CACUCACAUAAACACACACAAACACACACGCACACACUCACCAGCAUGUGUUGCAGGUUGGGCGUCUCUCGCUGAUCUCAACAGGGAAAUCUAACAGCAAUGAGAACCCUUCAUCAUCAUGAUCUCUCUGUUUCAUCUCCUCUUUUUCAUCUUCAUCAUCAUGAUCUCUCUCCUUCGUCUCCUCUUCAUCAUCAUCUGACCCUUUCGUUCCUUCAUUAAACGCUGAACUCAUUGUGUCACAUUAAACUCAUAUUUCUGCGCUUGAUCUCACGCAGUUUAUUGAAUGUGUUUGUGUGACUCCACUUCCGCUUCCGCUGAUGACGUAUGUGAGGAAGAUGGCAGCGCGCGGAGGGAAACGUGCGGCGGACACGUCUGCAGAAAACAGCGCAAAACGAGUGAAAAUUAAUCGAAGGAAAAGAUCACAAACACAGAAAAACACGAAGAGAGUGACAUUCAUUGCGGAGAAUGAACAACAGAAUGAAAAAUCAAAAGAACAAACGAAUAUUAUCACCGUUCCGCCGCCCGUCAGCAUGGGUAAAUGGACAAAUAAAGAGAGAGUUUUGGUGUUUUCCUCUCGUGGAAUCAACUUCAGGACGAGACACCUGAUGCAGGACUUAAAGACUAUAAUGCCACACAGUAAAGCUGACACCAAAAUGGACAGAAAAGACAAACUGUUUGUGGUUAAUGAGGUGUGUGAAAUCAAAAACUGUAAUAAGUGCAUCUUCUUUGAAGCCAAGAAGAAGCAGGAUCUGUACAUGUGGAUCUCAAACGUCCCUAACGGACCGUCUGCCAAAUUUCUGGUUCAAAAUGUUCACACACUCGCUGAGCUGAAAAUGACGGGGAACUGUUUAAAAGGCUCCAGACCGUUGCUGUCGUUUGACCCGAAAUUUGACCAGGAGCCUCAUUAUGGGCUGUUAAAAGAACUCUUCACUCAGGUCUUCUCCACACCUCAGUAUCACCCGAGGAGUCAGCCGUUUGUGGAUCACGUGUUCACGUUCACUAUCGCAGACAACAGAAUAUGGUUCAGAAACUAUCAGAUCAUUGAAGAAGACGCGUCUCUCGUUGAAAUCGGUCCUCGCUUUGUUCUGAACCUCAUCAAGAUAUUCCAGGGCAGCUUCGGCGGACCCACCCUGUAUGAAAAUCCGCAUUUCCAGUCGCCCAACAUGCAUCGGCGAAUGAUUCGUUUGGCCAUGGCGGCUAAACAGAAGGAGAGACAGAUGGUGAAGGAGAUCAAGAAGGACAAGCGGAAAGCAGGACAGGAAGUGAUGUCGCAGGACGUCACAGACGAUGUGUUUGUAACUCCAGCGGAGCAGAAACCCGUUCAGAUAGAAGUCGACGCUCCAAAGUCUCAAAUAAACAAGAAGAAACUGAAACUCGCUGCGCUGAAGAAGAAAAAGCUGAUGAAGCGCAAAGGCCUGUGAUGACCCGACUGUGUCAUACAGUAACGGUGUAAACAUCUGUCGUUGAUGUUAUUAGCCUGUGAAACUGUUUUCAGAACAGGAUUAGAUUUGGUUCAUUUGUCGUGUUCAGGUCAAGUGUCACAUAUAAUGAUUUACAUUAAGCGUCUGUAUUUUUCCAUUUAAACAUAUUUGAAAACAAUGCAAUGUUAUUAAAUGUU